GCAUCUCGGAGACUAUGGACAUGCUUGUGUGGGAACACUCUUUUCUUCUUCAACAACACCAACGACAGCGAUGUGAGUUAACUGGAAGUAAUGGGCUAGAGAAGGGGACAUUAGAUAGAGGAAAGAUCAGUGGUCGGUCUAUUGGGGUGGUGGGCAGUCCCAUUUAUCAAUGUAUACUCGUUUGUGUGUGUUUUCAACAGUAUGUGGAGAAACUGGAGCUCCGUGACCUCAUCUCCGUGACGGAUGACUGCAGUCGGGACAGAAACCUGGAGGCAGCCAGACUCAUCCUGCGCAUGGAGGAUGGGGAGAUCAAAAUCACUGUAAGGACAUGGCUGACUAUUUUCCUUUUUGUUUUGCAUUACAAUUGUUUUAUCAAUGGUUUAAUGGGUUCUCUCCCUCCCUCUACAGGCCCCAAGUCUAGAAGCUCGAGAACUAUGGAAAGGUUUCAUCUACUCUGUAUUUGAGGUUAGUGAAACAUGAUACAGCUAAUUCACUAUCAUACCACAUAUGGCUCAGUAGGCUAGUUUUCCUGGUAAUACCUGGUCAGUAAACUGAGAAUAAUUCAUUUUAUCUCUGGGUUCAAGCACUGCUUAUCAAAAAAACACAAAGGGACUUUCUCCAGUCUUGACAGGGAUUAUAAUAACAUCAAAUCACAAAUAUAAUAUUUUUAUUUGUUUUUUUGUAAUUUUACCCCCCUUUUUCUCCCCAAUUCCGUGAUAUCCAAUUGCGAUCUUGUCUCAUCGCUGCAACUCCCCAAUGGGCUCGGGAGAGGCGAAGGUCGAGUCAUGCGUCCUCCAAAACAUGACCCGCCAUUUGAUGAAAUAGCAUUGGCAACAAUGGCAUAAUGGCACACAGCUUAGUCAAUAUUGCCUCAAACAUUUCCAGUGUUUCAUGGCCUUUGGUCUAAAUGAUGGUAAAUACUCCUUGUGUCUCUCCCUCCAGCUGUCAGUGCCCAGCUCACUCAACCUGCUGCCAGGCCAGAUCCACAUGAUGAGAGAGACGGUAGAGACCGAGAGGGAGAGACGGAAGACCCUGUCCCCUACCCCUGCUUCAGCAUCCAGCUCCAACCUUUACCUCAGCCUCGUAGGGGACAUGCCUGCGUGAGUGCCCUAUAUAUACAUUAUAAGACUAGGGGACAAAGGUGUUGAUAGUCGGAGGUUUACACUGGGCUCUUUACUGGUGUCUGGCUAGCUCUGUUUGCCCAAUUUUGUACUACUGUUCAGAUGUGCUAUAUGUGGAUGUUCUGUGUGCAGGUGUUACCAGCCCGUGUCUCGUACUGAGGCAGAGAUGACGUUGGAGAGACACUCUGAUUGUGGGAACCUGCUACUACGGCCCGGCAGGGACGGCGCCUCAUUGGCUGUCACCACUCGACAGGACCUCAAUGGGUACGCUUCCCCAUUCCUACAGUACAAUCAAAGAAAAUACAUGUCACAUGAUCAUUUGAUUAAUAGUCUAUGAAAGCAACAUGCAUGCUGAAUCAAGUGAAGGAAAGGCCAUACUUAUUUGUUCAUGUGACAGAUUAUUGCUUAUAAUCAAUUAAUGUGCCGCUCAUUGAUACUAUCGCUCUCUUCUGUCAGGUCUGUGUUCAGACACUAUCGCGUGACAAGGAAACAUGACGGAGGAUACACAAUUGAUGUAGAGACUCCAGUGAGUGUUUCCUGCUUCCUCAUUCCCGAAUACACCUGCUUGUCCACUGCCACACACAACACUUUAAACACAAUACUUUAAUGAGUUUUUAUUUGUCUAAUAGAACAUAAAAUAAUCAAUUUAUAAAAAGUUAUUUUCUUUAUGGCAAAUAACUAUUUCUCACUUUUCCUCAUUCUAAAUGUAUGAAUGGGAAUUCUCGUCUUGACUCUAGAGAGGCAUUGAACCUCAGGUUAACCCAAUGUGAGGGAGUGAUAAGGAAGACAUUGAUGAAAUAUUCCACAUGUAGUCACAGGACAAUAAACCAUAAGAUUCUUUGCCUGCCCUUGUUUUCUCCUGAAAAACAGACAAAUAUAUUACCUUUAUUGGUGCUUUUUGAUGUUAUGACCUGGAUAAGGCCUUAGUUUUAGCCAAUCUCUGAGCACUUUACUCUGAUUGCUGGCACAGAGUGCGUGCUAAAUGUUUCUCUAAAUGGGCCAUAUUGACAGAGUUGUCAGCUGUUUCACUGUAUUUACAGUAUGAGGUGGUGUAUGCAGAAUGUUAAUGAUGAUGGUUCUGCCUGUAGAUCUCCUGUGCCACACUGCAUGAUGUCAUCAACUGUCUGGUGGACAGGACUAAUGGAACUCUGACACCCUUCAUUAUGGAAGGACCCUAUGAAGAGAGCAUCAGUAAGACAGAGCACACACCACUUACUACUGCUCUCUUUCAUUCGCUCCAUCUUACGUUCUGUCUCUUACAUUCUUCCUCAUUUUCUCUCUCUCUCUCUCUCUCUCUCUCUCUAUCUCUCUCUCUCUCUCUCUCUCUCUCAGUUUUCCCUCUCAUUCUCAGUUUUCCCUCUCAUUCUCAGUUUUCCCUCUCAUUCUCAGUUUUCCCUCUGGGUUUCUGUUCCUUGUCCAUCAUGAACUAAAUAUAGCUCUGGCUUAUCAGUCAUGUUGGUCAUACCAUUCAUGCCCUCUGUCUCCGCAGCAUUUGUUCAGGCAAAUGAGGAGAAUGGAGAGAAGAGUCUGCAGUGUGUCCCCAGUACUCCCAUCCCCCGUGUGCCAGUCCCUGCUCUACCUCCCAAACCAGGUAUACAUACAUCCCUUACUGGGACCUCCUUGACCCUGUUAACAAACACACACGCACUCACACGUUAACAAUGUCACCAAAUGCACUUAACCACUUAUAGCUCUCAUUCAAAUUAGGAAUUAGAGAUAGUUGCCUUUAACACACAUUUUUUGACAAGUAGACAAGACAGGUAGUCCAUUUGCGUCAUGUUAGACGCAAUCUGGCGUAAGACAAUGGGAAAGGAUCUGAUCCUAGAUCUACUUGGCAACUUCUAUCUCAAGCUUCAAAUUAUGAAUGUUUUGCCUUAUUAAUGAACAGCUUCAAUGAGUUGUUAUGCUAAAGAGGAGAUAAAAGGGAAUAUUGUGUUUUAAUCCCAGGUCCAACUCCAGAGUCUGAGUCAGAUAGAGGAGAGAGUCUUUACCUCAAUGACACCCGUGAGUACUAUCCUCUGUCCCCCUCCCCUCUGUCUUCAAACACACUUCAAGUAUGAUUUAAUUCCUCACCCUCGGUUACUAUUCUUGUCUGUGUUCUUUUCCAGAGAAAGAAAAGGAAGAAGACACUACUGUGCAGCCUACUCACCCCUCUCAGACCCCUCCCACACGCUUUCGUCUGCCAGGUGAGUCCCACUAUCUUAAAACUACUGGUACCGUACUACUCUAACAAGUUAACUAAAACUAAAACUAAAAUAGGAAAAAACGAUUUAGUAAACUGCAGUGGUGGAAAAAGUAACCAAUUGUCAUACUUGAGUAAAAGUAAAGAUUCCUUAAUAGAAAAUGACUCAAGUGAAAGUCACCCAGUAAAAUUCUACUUGAGUAAAAGUAUUUGGUUUUAAAUAUACUUAAGUAUCAAAAGUAAAUGUAAUUGCUAAAAUAUACUUAAGUAUAAUUUCAAAUUCCUUAUAUUAAGCAAGCCAGACAGCACCAUUUUCUUGAAUUUUUUUAUGUAUGGAUAGCCAGGGGCACUCUCCAACACUCAGACAUAAUUUACAAAGAAGCAUGUGUUUAGUGAGUCUGCCAGAUCAGAGGCAGUAGGGAUGACCAGGGAUGUUCUCUUGAUAAGUGUGGGAAUUAGACCAUUUUCUUGUCCUGCUAAGCAUUCAAAAUGUAAUGAGUACUUUUGGGUGUCAGGAUAAAUGUAUGUAGUAAAAAGUACAUCAUUUUCUUUAGGAAUGUAGUAAAGUAAAAUAUGUAAAAAAUAUCAAUAGUAAAGUACAGAUACCCAAAGAAACUACUUAAGUAGUACUUUCAAGAAUGUUUACUUAAGAACUUUACACCACUGGUAAACUGAAAUAAAAUAAUAAAGAAAAACUAAAACUAUACUGAAACAUAUCUUUGACUGCAAAAUAAAUUAAAAACCAUCAUAAAUAGUUCAGUGUUUUUAUUUUAUUUUUUAUUUUUCAAAUAGGCCUAGCUUGUGCAUCACUCACUAGCUAUUACCAGAGAGGAAGAGGCGAAGCGAGAGAAUUACCUCCGCCCAAAACCUUUCCCUGCGAGAUAAGCAGACAUUUUUGCAUGGUGGUCUGAGUGUCAAAUUACAUGAGGCUUAUUUGAUUAAAUAGAGUAGUGUUUAGGUUGUUACAAAUAUUCUGAUAUGAGAGCCCUGCUAUAGGCCUAUAACACAUAAAUGGGACUAGCCUCCCACGCAUAGGCUACUUUCUGUCCCUAACACUGAAACUAAAUAUAAAAAUUAAAUAAUGAAAACUAACUGAAACUAAACUGAAUUUCAAAAAAACUAAUAUAAAAUCACUACUAUAAUACCUUGCCUCAGCCAUUAACAAACUGAAAGAUAUUUCAUGAACUAUGUACUUGAAAUGUAUAGAGGAGCAACAUUUUGAAACAUAUUGUUUUAUGUUUCAGUGAUGAUGCCCCGUCAGACCCCCCAUUUGCCCCAUCAGACAUCUCUGUCAAGUGAAGUGCCGCUCAGCUCUGGUGAGCAGCCUGUUGUCUUGACUUCUGCUUUCUUGCAAAGAUAAUUUUUGUUCACAACAGAUUGUUUUCGUGGUCUUGGUAGAUACAGUGCAUGCGGAAAGUAUUCAGACCCCUUGACUUUUUCCAAAUGUUAUUACGUUACAGCCUUAUUCUACACAUAAAUACCCCAGAAUAACAAAGCGAAAACAGGUUGUUAUAAAUGUUUGCAAACGUAUUAAAAAUAAAAAACAUAUCUUUAUUUACAUAAGUAUUCAGACCCUUUGCCAUGAGACUCGAAAUUGAGUUCGGGUGCAUCCUGUUUCUAUUGAUCAUUCUUGAUAUUUCUACAACUUGAUUGGAGUCCACCUGUGGUCAAUUCGAUUGAUUGGACAUGAUUUGGAAAGGCACACACCUGUCUAUAUAAGGUCCCACAGUCGACAGUUCAUGUCAGGUCAAAAACCAAGCCAUGAGGUCAAAGGAAUUGUCCGUAGAGCUCCGAGACAGGAUUGUGUCAAGGCACAGAUCUGGGGAAGGGUACCAAAAUAUUUCUGCAGCAUUGAAGGUCACCAAGAACACAGUGGCCUUUUAUCAUUCUUAAAUGGAAGAAGUUUGGAACCACCAAGACUCUUCCUAGAGCUGGCCACCCGGCCAAACUGAGCAAUCUGGGGAGAAUGGCCUUGGUCAGGGAGGUGACCAAGAACCCGAUGGUCACUCUGAGACAGCUCCAGAGUUCCUCUGUGGAGAUGGCAUAUGUAAAAACGCACAUGACAGCCCGCUUGGAGUUUGCCAAAAGGCACUUAAAGACUCUCAGACCAUGAGAAACAAGAUUCUCUGGCCUGAUGAAACCAAGAUUGAACUCUUUGGCCUGAAUGCCAAGCGUCACGUCUGGAGGAAACCUGGCACCAUCCCUACGGUGAAGCAUGGCGGUGGCAGCAUCCUGCUGUGGGGAUGUUUUUCAGCGGCAGGGACUGGGAGACUAGUCAGGGUCGAGGGAAAGAUGAAAGGAGCAAAGUACAGAGAGCUCCUUGAUGAAAACCUCCUCCAAAGCGCCCAGGACCUUAGACUAGGGUGAAGGUUCACCUUCCAACAGGACAACGACCCUAAGCACACAGACAAGCAACGCAGGAGUGGCUUCGGGACAAGUCUCUGAAUGUCCUUGAGUGGCCCAGCCAGAGCCCGGACCUGAACCCGAUCCAACAUCUCUGGAGAAACCUGAAAUUAGCUGUGCAACAACACUCUCCAUCCAACCUGACAGAGCUUGAGAGGAUCUGCAGAGAAGAAUGGGAGAAACUCCCUAAAUACAGGUGUGCCAAGCUUGUAGCGUCAUAGCCAAGAAGACUCGAGGCUGUAAUUGCUGCCAAAGGUGCUUCAACAAAGUACUGAGUAAAGGGUCUGAAUACUUAUGUAAAUUUGAUAUUUCCGUUUUUUAUUUUAAAUAAAUUGGCAAAAAGUUCUAAAAACCUGUUUUUGCUUUGUCACUAUGGGUUAUUGUGUGUAGAUUGAGGGGGGGGGGGGGGGGGAGAAACACUUUACUCCAUUUUAGAAUGAGGCUGUAACGUAACAAAAUGUGGAAAAAGUCAAGGGGUCUAAAUACUUUCCGAAUGCACUGUAUAUCAUUUUAUAAGGCAGUCGACAUGCAAAAAAAAACGUAUCAUGGCACCUUGUUGUUUUUUGUCUUGCGUGUUUCUUUUUUAGGCUAUCCACUGAAUCUUCCCUUUGGGAAUCAAUCAGUCAAUGAAAUUGUUCUCCCUUGUGUUGUAGGACCUGAGAGGAAGGCCCUGAUGCCACCACUGGUGCCCUCUGUUCGUACACCUCAUACCUUCCGCUCCACCUCUACAGAUACCCCUGACACCAGGUUGAGAAGCAUCACUGUGACUUCUGUCACACCAGACACUGUUGCUCAGAGUAGGUCAACCAUUUUGAUCUUUUCUUUUUUACUAUCUUUUCAUUUAGAAGAGUUCCAUCCAUCUAGAAUAUGAUUUUGAGAGGUAAUAGCUCAGGGAACUUGUUACAAAUGUAUUGUUGAAAUGCAAAUAAAACCAUUCCAAAGUUAAAUCCUUAAAUGCUGUUUUUUUUUACUCUCUUGUGUUCCUUUCAGCCAUCUCUGAGGAGCUCAAGUUGAAGUUGGAGAAGAGGCGGGCGCAAUAUCAAUAA